AACACCCUCUCAUCCAUAUUCUGUACUCUUACUAACCUUUCUUCAUAUGGAUGUGCCAUACUCUCCCUCUUCUUUCUGUUAUGGAUUCACCUACGAUGUGUUCCUUAGUUUUAGAGGCUCUGAUACUCGCUACGGUUUUACUGGCAAUCUCUACAAAGCUCUUUGUGACAAGGGAAUCCACACAUUCAUUGAUGAUGAGGAGAUUCAAAGAGGAGAUGAAAUCACAGCAUCACUUGCCAAGUCCAUUGAAACCUCAAGGAUUGCCAUAAUUGUCUUCUCUGAAAACUAUGUUUCUUCUUCCUUUUGCUUAGAUGAACUUGUCACCAUAAUUCACUGCAUUAAGGUUAAAGGUCGGUUGGUUUGGCCGGUUUUUUACGACGUUGAUCCUUCUGAUGUGAGACAUCAGAGAGGGAGUUAUGGUGAAGCACUGGCUAAGCAUGAGGAGAAGUUCAAGGAUAACAUGGAAAAGGUGCAGAAUUGGAGGAAGGUUCUACAAGAAGCUGCUGACAUGUCUGGCUGGCACUUCAAGCAAUGGGAUGGAUAUGAGCAUGUGUUUAUUGGAAAGAUUGUUGAAGAGGUCUCAAGAAAGAUUAAUCGUGUUCCUUUAUUAGUUGCUGAUUACCCUGUUGGACUAGAGUCACAAGUGCAAAAUAUAAUUUCGCUUCUGAAUGUUGAGUGUGAUGAUAGAGUUCACGUGGUAGGGGUCCAUGGCAUGGGUGGUAUUGGUAAAACAACCCUUGCUCUAGCAGUUUAUAAUUUCAUUGCCGAUAAUUUUGAAGGUUUUUGUUUUCUGGAAAACGUUAGAGAAAAUUCAAGCAAACGUGGGUUAGUACAUCUCCAAAAGAUCCUUCUUUAUGAAAUACUUGGAGAGAAGAAAAUUAAGUUGGCAAGUGUUAGACAAGGAAUUUCAACAAUACAACAUAGACUUCAAAAGAAGAAGAUUCUUUUGAUUCUAGACGAUGUUGACCACUCACAACAGUUGGAGGCCCUUGUUGGAGGAUUUGAUAGGUUUGGUUCUGGCAGCAGAAUUAUAAUUACAACCCGGGACAAACACUUGUUAGCAAGGCAUGGGAUUAACAAAAUGUAUGAGUUAAAGAAGUUAAAUCAUAAGGAUGCUCUUCUAUUGCUUAGUUGGAAAACUUUCCACACAGAAAAAAUAGAUCCAAGUUACAUGGAUGUCUUGAACCAUGUUGUAACUUAUGCUUCUGGACUUCCAUUAGCUUUGGUAGUAAUUGGUUCCAACAUGUUUGGGAAAAGUAUAGAAGAAUGGAAAUCUGCAUUAGAUCGGUACAGACGGAUUCCUAAUAAAGAGAUCCAAAGGAUACUAAAAGUUAGCUUUGAUUCUUUGGAGCAAGAUGAGCAGGGUGUUUUUCUUGACAUUGCUUGUUGCUUUAAAGGGUAUCAUUUGGCUGAGGUAGAAGACAUACUUCAUGCUCAUCACAGUAACUCCAUGAAAUAUCAAAUUGGAGUGUUGGUUGAAAAAUCUCUCAUAAAACUUGGGUUUUCUGGUGAGGUGACACUACAUGACAUGAUAGAGGACAUGGGUAAAGAAAUUGUCCGGCAAGAAUCAGCAAAAGAGCCUGGGAACCGCAGUAGGUUAUGGUUCCAUGAAGAUAUAGUCCAAGUUUUAGAAAACAAUAGUGGAACUAGUAAAAUUGAAAUCAUAAAUCUUGAUUUCUCUUCGCAUAAAAAUGGAGAAGCAGCAGAAGCAAUAGUAGAAUGGAAUGGAGAGGUCUUCAAGAAGAUGAGAAACCUAAGAACACUUAUUAUUAGAAAUUGUCAAUUUUCCAAAGGUCCAGAGCAUCUUCCAAAUAGUUUGAAAGUACUAGAAUGGCAGGGAUAUCCUUCACAGCAUUUACCGUCUGAUUUUCAUCCAAAGAAGCUUGUCAUAUGCAAAUUACAAAAUAGUUGCUUUACAUCACUUGAGUGCGCUGGGUUAGCAAAGAAGUUCUCAAAUAUGAGAGUUCUAAAGCUUGACUGCUGUCAGUAUUUAACACAUAUACAUGACGUAUCUUCUCUCCAAAAUUUAGAAGAAUUUUCAUUUAGUGGGUGUAAGAAUUUAAUUACAAUUGAUGAUUCAAUUGGGUUCUUGAAUAAACUUAAAAUCUUGAAUGCUGUAAAUUGCAUCAAGCUUGGCAGUUUUCCGCCCCUUAAACUGGCCUCUCUUGAAAAACUCGACCUUUCAGGUUGCUUGAGUCUUGAGAAUUUUCCAGAAAUAUUAGGAGAGAUGGAAAAUAUAAAAUAUCUUCAUUUGCAAGCAACUGCCAUAGAAGAACUUCCAUUUUCAUUUCAAAAGCUCACUCAGCUUAAAUUUUUAUAUUUGUAUAAUCAUGGAGUUGCUCAAUUAUCAAGUUGCAUUGGCAUGAUGCCAAAUCUGGCUCUGAUUUCUGGUGUGGGAUUGGAGGGGCAGCUAUUGCUAAAUCAGGACAACGGUGAUGAAAAAGUGACCUCAAUGUUGUCUUCAAAUGUAGAACAUCUUAAUCUCCAAGACUGCAACCUGUCAGAUGAAUUUUUGGCAUUAGGUCUCAUGUGGUUUGCAAAUGUGAAAGAGUUAGACCUAUCCGCUAGUAAUUUCAGUGUGCUCCCUGAAUGCAUAAAAAACUGUUGCUUUUUAUGGAAGCUUGUUUUAAACAGGUGCAAGUGUCUUCGGGAAAUUAGAGGAAUUCCACCAAAUGUAGAAUAUUUGUACGCAGGAUGCUGUGAAUCCAUGACUCCGUGGAGUAGAUGCUUCUUACUGAAUCAGGAAUUGCAUGAGGCUAGACACACUGAGUUUUUGUUACCAAAAACUUCAAUUCCAGAGUGGUUUGACUUCAAAAUCAUUGGAAAGUCGAUAUCUUUCUGGUUUCGGAGCACAUUGCCUGCCAUAGUUCUCUGUUUUAUUUGUUCAUCGAUACAGCAAGAUCCUGGUAUAAUGGUGACUCUCAAUGGCCAAAAAUAUUUCCGGGGCCCAAUAUACACAAACUAUUUCUUGGUGGGGCAUACAAUUCUUUUUAAUAUGAAAAUGGAAGAAUUAAAUGACUCUGUUGCACUUCUAGAAAAUGAAUGGAACCAUGGGAUGGUUACAUUUGAGGAUAUGCAUAUUCAUCACAGAGAAAUUGGAAUCCAUGUAUUCAAACAAAAAAGCGGAAAGGAUAUUCGAUUCACUGAUCCUUAUAGAAAGAGAAAAUCAGAUUGCACUAUAGACUUGAAUUCACCACCUCUUCUAGGGAAAAGUAGAAAGCCAUGCUCUUUGAAUGAUGUUAAUACUCAGAUCACUCUUUAAAACACAAAUAUAGAUCAUUUCUUUCAGGCAUUGAUUCUCAUUCACGCCAAAGUGAAUGGCAUGAUCCUCUAAUUCGGAGACUUCACUGCUGAAUUAGUUUGCCAACAAAGACAACUCAGGUACAUUAAGUUCCUUUCAGAUGUUGCAGUAACAGGUAUAUAAACCAUUUUAAACAAAGUUUUUUUCUAGUAUGAUAUAAUCUUGUGUUUUUAAAUAUGUAUUUUUAACUUACUUUGUUUUGUGACAGACAUAAUGCAAUGAUUAAAUUAUUUUAUUACUUCAAUACCAAAAUAAAAUUCUUUAUUUGUUGUUACUGGUGGGGGAGCUGCAACUUGAAGGUCCGGUCCAAAGAGAAUUUUGUAGAGGUUUAUUUUGUACAAGCUCAUUGAGGAAUUUAUGUUGAUUUUAUUGCUGUCAAGAGUUGUCAACGUUAAGUUAUAUUACAAUGGAAAAACAGCAUAAAUAAAUAAAGUAAUGCAGAAUGGCUUCAAAUAAUUAAGUAAUCACAGAGUGUCUGUGUUC